AGUACCACCACCAUGUUUCCUUCGAUCAGCUCCACCCAGUUUCUGCUCCUCUACCUCGUCCUCCUCUUCGUUCCCUCUCCGACCGUUGCCUUCAGGUGGCAAGUUUGCAGCACAAGUGCCGGCAACUUUACUGCCAACAGCACGUAUGAGUCCAACCUCAACCUCCUCCUCUCCUCCCUCGUCUCCAAUGGUUCCGCUCCUGGCUUCUUCACCGACACCGUCGGACGAAUACCCGACCAAGUUCAAGGCAUCGUCCUUUGUCGUGGCGAUACUAACCCCACCACGUGCGGUUCCUGCCUUAGUAACGUCACGGUGGAGAUCCUCCGGCUCUGUGCCUACAACAAGGAUGCCGUGGUUUGGGAAGAAGAGUGCCUCCUUCGCUUUUCCAACCUGCAGUUCCUCAACACCUUAGACAACGACCCGACGGCUGCCUUGCCAAACCCGAUUCAGGUAAGCGACGAAGCGGAUCGGUUCAACAAGGUGGUGAACGAGUUGCUCGACAGCACGGCUGAUUGGGCGGCGUAUAACUCCACGAAGAGGUACGCGACCGGCCAAGCGUUCAACGUGACGCAGGCGGUUCCAACUAUAUAUGGCCUGGCGCAAUGCACGCCGGACAUGUCGACGAGUGACUGCAGGCAGUGCUUGAAAGGGGUGUUACAGGGGCUCCCACAACGCCGAAUGGGAGCUAGGAAUCAGGGAGUGAGGUGCAAUAUAAGGUUCGAAGUUACCCGCUUCUACGAAGGCACCCCCAUCAUAUGGCUCCUAUCACCAUUGACGAAUGCAACAACGCCUGCGGAGAACGCCACAGCUCCACCCUCUGCUCCAGCAGCCCAUCCUGCCGUCGGUCCAACCGGGAAAGAAGGGUCUAUAUAUGUUGAGAAUCUUGGACUACGUAUAGUGGAUGAUGGUAAUGACAUGACGAGUUACAGUGUACAUCACAUGACGGGAGUAGAAUUUUCUGCAUCUUUGUCGGAAGAAAGAUUGCAGGUGUUCGUGAAGGUCUAUUGGUUGGACAACGGGAUGGUGACAGCCGACGUUGAAUCCAAGAGCCAAAAUGUCGAGCGUCAUUGA